AUGUCUACCGAGGAUAUUCUCCUGAGAAAUAUCCAACCCAUUGCUAACGAUAGUACUUCUUGCGCGAUAGAGGUCAUCGAAUCCCAGAUCCGGACUGAACCAAGCACCGCGAACCUUUUCUCUAGCUACCGAUAUGCAAGCGCGCCGCAGCUCUGCGCGUUGUUUGUGUCGCUAUUCUGCACUUCGAUCGCUGGAGCAGCCAUGCCCCUAGUGACGAUUGUUUUCGGGGCUUUGGCUGAGGAGUUUAUCAAUGAAGACAAGAAAGCAGCGCAUGAUGUUCGCGAUCAGGUUCGACAUCUCACGCUCCUAUUGGUUUAUAUCGCAAUGGGGUCUUUUAUCGCCACCAUGAUAGGCACAUGGGGCCUCAAUGUUGUCGGGGAACAGAUUCGAUGCGACCUCCAACAAAGAUAUCUGUCUUCGGUGCUGCAGCAGAAUAUGGCCUACUUCGAUGUAGUCAAGACAGGCGAGCUCAUGUCCCAAAUGGAUCAAGAUAUGAAGUUGGUUCAAGCUGGGAUUUCACAGAGAUUGGGUAACAUCAUCUCUGGAGUGUCCGGGUGUGUGGUUGCCAUUACCUGCGCAUUUAUGAAGAACUCGCGUUUCGCAUCUAUCAUGAUAUCACAGCCCAUUGCAUUGAUUUCGCUAGUCGGAAUAAUGGGGUAUUGGCUGAGCAUGACACAGAAAAUGGCUUUGGCCUGGUGGGUCAAGGCUGAUAAUUUAGCCCAAGAGGUGCUUGGUGCCAUGAGAACUGUCAUUGCGUUUCAGAGCCAAGAGAGAUAUGCUAGAAAGUACCACGAUUUCUUACUACGUCCUAUUGCCUUGGAAUAUAAGGAAAGGUUCGUAUUCGGUGUGAUUGUUGCGGGAUCCUUCGCGAUCUUGCAUUUGGGCAGUGGGUUGGGGGUCUGGCAAGCUGAUAAAUUUUUCCGACAAGGGCUUUGUUCCAUCCCAGAGGCACUGACAAUAAUGUACGCAACGACUGUGGCAGGUGGAGUGAUAUGCCAAGCGCUACCGUUUGUCGUCGAUGUUGCCCUGGCCAAUGCAGCAGUUGGCCGGAUUUUUGCAGUCAUGGAACGCAACUCGCCAAUAAAUUCCUUAGCAGAUACAGGGAAGACGUACAGCCAAGUCCGAGGUGAGCUUCGGUUUGAAAACCUCAGCUUUGCUUAUCCUUCGCGGCCCGAUAGGACUGUCUUGAAGGAUAUCACACUCCAUGUCCCGGCUGGACAUACUGUAGCCUUGGUUGGGCCAUCAGGGUCUGGAAAAUCGACAAUAUUUGCCCUUCUCGAACGUUUAUAUCUUCCUCUCGACGGUGUUAUCACAAUUGACGACAAGCCAAUAGACGAGAUGAAUGUCUCGUGGCUAAGGUCUCAGAUUGGAUAUGUCAGUCAAGACGUGGUCUUAUUCCGUGCAUCGAUCCACGAGAACAUUGCAUUUGGGCUUCCCCAAUCUGCUACCAAGAAACUAGACACGAAUGGUAUUCGAGAAGUGGUAAUUCAGGCUGCCAAGACAGCCCAAAUCCAUUCCUUCAUCGUUAGUCUUCCUGAACAAUACGACACGAUGAUAGGGGCCAAUGGGUCGAAUCUCUCCGGAGGGCAAAGACAGCGUCUCGCAAUUGCGCGAGCCAUUGUAUCUCAGCCCUCAAUCUUGUUACUAGAUGAGGCGACUGCUGCAUUGGAUAGUCAAAGUGAAAAAGAGGUCCAGGCCGCUCUCAGCAACGCUGCUGUAGGACGAACUACCUUGAUAAUAGCCCAUCGGUUAUCGACAAUUCGAGAUGCCGAUACAAUCCUCGUCAUGAAGGAUGGCGAGAUCAUUGAUCAAGGCUCCCACGCAGAGUUAAUGACUGGGUCUCCGAUUGACAAGCUCAUCAAUGCUGGUGUGACACCUAUAAUAGACGAGUCUCCCCUGUCAAAAUCUGCGCCGGGGAAUAGUAUACAGAAUAUCUGGAGCUUGAAUAAGCCCGAGUUGCCUUAUGUUAUCGCAGGGAUUCUUUGCAGCGUCUUGGCUGGGAUGACAUAUCCCAUCCAAGCAAUUUUCUUCGGCAACGGGAUCAUGUCGAUCAUCAGUCCUGAGCUGAGUACCGGUGGGAACCGCGCACAGUUCUGGGCCAAGAUGUAUCUCAUUCAUGGUAUCAUUGUGGUUUUUAUUUACUCGGUACGAGGCUAUUGCUUUGCCGUAUCUGCAUCGCAAUUGUAUCUCCGAGCUCGCUCACGUUUAUUCAAAGCAUUGCUUCUAAAAGACCUCCCAUUUUUGGAGCACAAAGACCACUCGAUUGGAGCGUUGGUGAGCUUUCUCUCGUCGGGAGUUCAUAAAACCAUCGGUGUCUCUGGAACUUCAGUUGGACUGGUGGUUGAAAGUGCCGUGAUGCUCGUGACGGGGAUUGCAGUUGGAUGUAUCUUUGGAUGGAAACUCGGUGUCACGUCAACAGCUACCGUUCCAUUGAUCGCCAUGUCCAGCUUCCUCCAAUACUACAUCGAGGCGCGGGUGCAGACGUAUGUCCAACGCAAUACUAAAGCCGUGGACAUUGCGCAUGAGACUUUCUCCGCUAUAGAAACAGUGACAGUUCUCGGCUUGCAGAGCGCCAUCCUUGCGUCCUUUCGGCAGCAAAGCAGAGCAGACCGCCGGGCUAGCUAUUGGAUCAUGUCGGCAGCCAUGUAUGCAAGUGCCACUUCGCUCCAUAUACUGAGCAUUGCUUUUGUAUUCUGGUAUGGUGGCACCCAUUUAAUUGCAACUGGGGAGUAUAGCAUCCAACAAUUUUUCAUUUGCUUCGCUGCGACGGUCUGGGGUUCCCAGUCUGCAGCUGCUCUCUUUGCACGCGCGCCAGACAUUGCCGGAGCUCGUACUGCUGCUGCCCGACUGAGUGAUUUGAUGCAAACUGAUGAUUCAUCACCACAACCCACAGACAGCAAGUCGAACCAAGAUCUUGUCUCCGUACCAAGUACCACUGAAGACCUUAAGUUGCAGCAUAUAAACUUCAGAUACCCGUCCCGUCCAUCUCAGUUGACGCUAGAUGAUGUUGAUCUCGAUGCCUCAGCUGGGACAUUCGUCGCCCUCGUUGGGACGACUGGCAGCGGUAAGAGUUCGGUUAUCAAUCUCGUGGAGCGCUUCUACCCCGCCGAGUCUGGCGAGAUCACUCUGGCAAACACUUCCAUCCAAGCAUAUAAUUUGAAUGGCUAUCGAAGAUACCUAGCACUGGUCGACCAGAAUCCUUGCCUGGUUGGUCAAGAUCUGCGCGAGUGUCUGCAGAGUGACGAGCGUGUCAAGUCAGAUGAAGAGAUAAUGGCUGCUUUGGAGAACGUCGAUCUAGUUGAUUUUGUGCUAUCCCUUCCUCAAGGAUUGAGCACCCCCAUCUUGAGUAACGGAUCGAACCUUUCUGGAGGGCAACGCCAGCGGAUUGCCAUCGCCAAGGCUCUUUUAUGGGGGCCGGAGAUUCUUCUACUUGACGAAGCAACAUCUGCGCUGGACAGUUCUUCAGAGGCAGUAGUUCAAAAAGCACUCCAACAGGCAAUGAAAGGCCGCACGAUCAUCGCUGUUGCCCAUCGACUGAAGACCAUCGUCAAUGCAGAUAUGAUCUUUGUUUUUGAUCAUGGUCGAAUCAUCGAGAGAGGAAACCAUCAUGGGCUGUUGAAGCUUGGUGGGAAGUAUUGCCAGAUGGUCAAGUUGCAACAGUUGGAUGAACACGGCCUUGCAAUGUAG